AUGUCGAACCUGAUGUAUUUUCGAAUGUGGGAACAGCGGCAUUGGCGGACUCCCACGGGAGACUGCGUUAUAAAAUUGGCCGUGUCGUUUUCACCUCCUGCUCGAAGCCUCGACAUGGGUCAAUAUGAUCAAUCCUUAGGAGCCAUACUAAUCGGGUCAUGGUUCAAUGCCAUGUUCUACAUGCUCGAGUUAUGGCAGGGAUACAUAUUUUUUUCCACUUUCCGUGGUGACACCGUCAUCAUCAAGAGCAUGGUGUUGAUUAGUCUUCUGGUUGAUACACUCGGUACAGCAAAUAACUGCGCAUGUAUAUAUCUGUACACUGUCACGCACUGGGGUGACAUGGAGUAUAUCCUAGUGCAGAACUGGGCAGUUCCUGCCUAUGUUAUAUUAUCUGGAAUUUCCGCCUGUAAUGUGCAGCUGUUCCUUAGCUAUAGAUUUUGGACUUUGGCCAGGAACCUGCUCGUCACGAUUAUGCUCAUGACGUUUAGCUUCGCGUCACUCGGUGGCGCAAUCGCGAAUGGAAUCACGGUUGUACAGCAUAGUGACUAUGCAGAACGAAACUUCAACAUCAAGACAGUCACAAUAUGGCUUGUGGCCAGUGCUGUUGCCGACAUUUCAAUAGCGUCUGCACUCAUCUUUCAGCUUCGAUCAUCUAAACCCGUCUUCAAAGAGACUAAGGCCUUGAUCCGUCGUCUCACGGUAAUGGCGGUUAAGACAGGGACCGUUACUACAGUCCUCGCUAUUCUUUGUCGUGAGCUUUCGACAUCUUCUGGUUUGUUAUGUGGAGAGCUUAUCGGCGUUCGUUGCGACAGUAAUUCUGUAUCUCCUUACCGCUACGCCACAGUCACCGUCGGCUUUGGUUUUUGUUUGGGACGCGUUUAUGCUCUAACCAUGUUGUACAACUUGAACACUCGUGUUAAAGGUCGCCAGCGUACAGACACCACUGUCUAUCCUCAGGAAGGUGGUAGCGGGGGAUUUAGCCUGAGAAAUAUAAACAGUUCGGAUUUGGGAGGGAUAAGUGUGCAUCGAACAGCUAUUGUACGGAUCGAUGGGUCCGAGGGGUAUGGAACAGAGACUAGUAGUGCUCCAGACGUCGUGCGCAAGGACUCGGAUUCGAGGGGGGAUCCAGAUGAUAAAAAUGGCUCUCCGGUGUGA